AUGACUACCGCUCUAGAUAAUGAAGCUAAUUCAUCGAUGGGCAAGCAGAACGAAAUUAGCGAGCAGAGUCACUUGCUCAAUGCACGAUUCCUGAUCCAGAACGAGGGAAGCUGUAAGCUUCAACCCUACGAUACUCCGCCAUCCACCUUCCACCCCGAGAUGGCUCAAAUACAACCCCAGAUCACAAAUGGGGCAAAUGGCGGGACAUCGAACCAGGAGAGCGCAGACCAAGGAGGGUUUAAGCUCAAAUUUUGCACCGUUUGUGCUAGCAAUAACAACAGAUCCAUGGAGUCCCAUCUACGACUUGCAGCGGCAAAUUACCCGGUUAUAUCCUUCGGGACUGGCUCCCUAGUUCGUCUCCCCGGAGCUUCUAUUACGCAACCCAAUGUCUAUCAAUUCAACAAAACCUCCUACGAUAGCAUGUACAAAGAGCUCGAAGCUAAAGACCCGCGCUUAUACCGGGCAAAUGGAAUAUUGAACAUGCUUGGCCGGAACCGAGACGUCAAGUGGGGCCCUGAAAGAUGGCAAGAUUGGCGGAUUGGCGUACCACGGUUGGAGCAUAGCUCUGACCAGGGCAGUCAAGGGAUAGAGGGAGGCGUUGUUGAUGUUGUCAUCACAUGUGAAGAGAGAUGCUGGGAUGCUGUCAUCGAUGACCUCCUCAGUCGUGGAUCCCCGUUGAAUCGCCCUGUUCAUGUCAUUAAUGUCGAUAUCAAGGAUAACCAUGAAGAGGCCCUAGUUGGAGGAAAAGGGAUUCUAGAUCUUGCGGACUCUUUGAAUAAGGUGGCAGCAGAGGAAAGAGCACUGAAUCCCCAUGCUUUUGAUAGCGGGAUGGGUGCUGGUAGAUCAAGUUUCGACGAGCGGGUGCCGGAAAUCAUUGGGGAGUGGCAAGAAAGGUGGCCCAACCUGCCAGCUGUCUGGACAUUGGCUUGGCUUUGA